UCUCUGAUAAUAUUAGACAGAUCAAGGAAAUUGCACUUAUAAAAUUGAGUAUAUAUGACAAAAGAGUUGCCUGAUUGAAAAAGCAUUAUUGCCAUUGUAUAUGUUUAGUAUUUUCGGGUUGUCUAUUUCCUAACUGAAAGUUGCCGUUUUGUAUCAAGUAUUUUCAUUUUCAUUGAAAGUCUAGCAUCUUAUCCACCUUUCAGCCUCACAGCUCUUCUACGAAAGGAAAAACCAUUCUCUUACAGCUUUCGCUUUUAUAAAAUCUAGAUCUAGGCCUACGGAUCAAAACAUACAUGGACGAUUAGCUCAACAGUGAGACAGAGAUUCUUGUUUUGGCUCCUGUUCUCCUUCGCUGAAACAGACAGGAUGGAUUAUGUUGAAUGCCCUUAUGACGAAACACAUAUAAUUCACCCGCUACGCAUGCCUGGACAUCUUCUGAAGUGCAGAAAGAAUCACCCUAACAUGGAGCUGGUCGUCUGUCCGUUCAACGCAGUGCACGAAGUGAGGAAAGAGGAGCUGCGGUACCACAUGUUGCACUGCCCAAACAGGUCGCUGCUGGAGAGAGAAAUAUCUUUGAAUGUUCUGCAUGGCGUUGCACAAGACAAGAAAGUGGCCCCUCUGAAAGGGUGCACAGAUCUGCCGAGCUUCCAUUCGCGGAGACCUGACGAGGACAUGGUGGAUGAUGAGUGGGAUCAGGAAAUAGAACACUCGAGAUUCUCCCUUUUUUCCCGGCCAGAGCCUGAACAGAGUGUCAGUGGACAGAGGUUCAGUUCAAGAAGACGUGUGGAAGCAGGAGCAGAACUACGUCAACCCACCACCCUUGGUCAAGCUGCUCGGCUGUCACAACUUCCGUCAGAGGAGAAAUCUGAGGUUGCCACGGAAACGCCACAACACCGUCUUCAGCAAGCAUUUUUUCACAGUUCGCUGGUCUUGGGCCGAGGGAGAGCAAGAACUACAUUACCGAGCCCAGACUCUGCUUCCCGACCUGGUGCGGCUCCGGCCUCUUGCGGGACAUCCUCUCCGAUCAACUCCCUGAUGAGGUUCCCGUCAACGUUUGAGCUCUCUGCGUACCCUACCCUAGCCCGUGGCAGGGCCAUGCUGUUUCAGAAGGAGUCGUCUUCCUAAAAGCACCAGUUGUGCAAGGAAUGACAAUGUGUUUUGGGAAAAGGUCACAGAAAAGGCAGCAUCACAUGGGAUGGGGAAGUGUGUGUGGGGGGGGUGAGGGUGGGGGGGGGGAGGCGAGUCUCACAACAAUUUGUGAUCAGCUGUAUCUUGAACAGUUCUGUGAGGCAAUUAGUCACAGCUUAUUUUUAUUAUAAUAGUCAUCAACCUAAUGGCAUCAACAUAAUACAUGGUCAUUUAAACUGUCCCCGUGGUUUUAUGCUCCCCGCAUAAUUUAGCAAAAUUUGAUCAUUUUUUGCUUGAUUUCUGAUGAUUAUCCUUUAUCAUUCUUUGUUAAAAUUAACAGAAUCGUGUAGUUUCACAUUUUUUAGCUCAGUUUGGCAUAUAUUCAAAAUAUUUCUUGCAUAAAAUGACCAGGGACAGUUUAAAAUAGAUUUCAUUUUCAGAGAUGCCUCUUUUCUUGCAAUUACAGUAAUUGUUUCACACUUGAGAAAUUGCCAUUGAUGCGUGUUUUAAAAAAAAGUUUUACGUAGUAUUAAUUACUGUUUUACAUGUAAGUGAAACUGCUCUCUUUGACUUAACAGCAAAAUAUUCAGACAAUUCUCAAAGGACCUGAUGGCAUCCCCGCAUUUUGUGUCCAAGAAUAAUGAAUGGUAGCACUGAGACUGUUCUCUGCUUCUAUUAAACAAACCUGCCAAGUAUUGCGAUAAAAUUACCCCACUGAAGAAUCCUGAUGUGAUUUCCAUAAGUUCCUUUUUUAAAAAUUGUAUUCCUGUCAGAUAGUACCUCAUUUAUCUUGAAUUGUGUCUCUUGAAAAUACAAUUUAUUUUUGUUUGCAAUAGUUUCCCAACUUGUUGUAAAUAAUGUGGAAAUUCACAAUGUUUAUUUGCAUCUGUCUGUGUGUAUUUGUACUGGUUUAUUUUCCACUGUCAGUUCUAGAGGGGCUGAUUUUAUUUUCUCCCAAACCUCUAUUUUUCGGGAGGGGUUUGAGGAAAACUAUUUUGGUCAUAGAGUGUUUGGAAGGUCUGUAUCAAAGGUUUUUGAUGAUUUUAGUCUCGUUCUUGGUUGCUCUUUAUGGAAGUCUUUAAGGUAAUCUAUGUUAAGUGGAACAAACUGAACUUAGAUUGUGACAGUUAUUUUUGUAUGUUUGUUUUAAUUAAUUAUUUCAUAUGAAAUAUCUUUUGAUGAAUCUGGACAGAUUUACUUACUUCAAUGACACUCAUACUAUACUAUGUUUUGUUUAAGGAAUGGAUAUUUUCAGUAUUUUCCCUGAAUUUUGGAGCUUUUCUACUUCCAUAGUAUAGAAAUAGUCCAUUCAUUUCCUUGUGUAAUGUAUGUAAUUAAUAUACAGUCGACUUCGGAUGAGUUGAUGUCAUCGGGGGAGGGGAUAAAGGAUCAACUCAUUUGGAGUUCAACUUAACAGUUUGGAUCUCUGUAAAUAAGAGUUGCCGGAACCCAAGAAAAAGAUCAACUUAACCAAAGAUCAACAUGAGCGGAGUCGACUGUACUUUAAUUAUGUGUGUAUUGUGAUGUUUUAAUCGCUUUAUGUUUUGCUGAGAUGGGAGAUUACUUUUUGCCCUGUAUUGUUGCUGCCUCUCGAUUCUGACGAAUCAGGAUGGGGGAUGUAACUGUACAUAGUACUUCUCAGCUACCACAUCAGUAUCAAGACAUUUGCUGGGAUUUUAAAUAUUUUAUUGAUAUUUAAUUAAAGUCUUUCAAGAAAUAAAGCUAUCCUUUUGAAAUUCUUCAAGCAAAUGUUUGAAUACAUGUGCUAUACUUUUUUCAAAAGUUGCACCAAAUUUGCAUCUUG